AUGCAAUCAUCCCUUCGUCUCAUCAUCAUCAUCAUCAUCAUCAUCAUCAUCGUUUCCAUCAUCAUCGUUUCCAUCAUCAUCGUUUCCAUCAUCAUCAUUUCCAUCAUCAUCAUCAUCAUCGUUUCCAUCAUCAUCAUUUCCAUCAUCAUCAUCAUCAUCAUCAUCAUCAUCAUCAUCAUCAUCAUCAUCAUCAUCAUCAUCAUUCCGUAUUCCCGACACAGAGGAAACAAAAACAAGGAGGAGGACGAGGAGGAGGACGAGGGCGAGGACGAGGAGGACGAGGACAAGGACAAGGACAAGGACAAGGACAAGGACAAGGACAAGGACAAGGACAAGGACAAGGACAAGGAGGACGAGGACGAAAACAAGAGGAAAGAUGAGAGCGAGGACGAGGACGAGGAGGAGGAGGAGGAGGAGGAGGAGGAGGAGUAG